AUGGAACCCAACAUGAACUCCAGCUUCAACUCCAAAAUGCAAUCGUACAACCGAGACGCAUUGAAUGAGUUUGUCAUGCUCCCUGUGUCACGGGAAAUGAUCACCCACCUCGCUAUACAGGCAUCGAAAGUCAUCCGCUGCGAAGGCCAUGUGACCGCAUCAUCCAUGAACCAGCAUGGCCAACCCACACCUCCCAGCACUCCUCCCUUGGAUCCUGCCGACACCCUUCCUCCUCUACCACCACUAGAAGCCUUUAUCUCGUCUAUCGUUCACCGAUCACAAGUCCAGGUACCCACCUUAAUGACUUCGCUGGUCUUCCUUGCUCGUCUUCGUGCUCGAUUACCGCCUGUGGCAAAGGGUAUGCGAUGCACAGUCCAUCGUAUCUUUUUGGCUUCUUUAAUCCUGGCCGCCAAGAACUUGAACGACUCGAGUCCGAAGAACAAGCACUGGGCACGUUACACUGCUGUGCGAGGGUACCCAGGGUUUGGCUUCUCCCUGGCCGAGGUCAACCUAAUGGAACGACAACUUCUGUUCCUUCUGGACUGGGAUACUCGCGUCAAUGAGGAAGAUCUAUUCGAGCAUUUUGAGCCCUUCCUUGCUCCCAUCCGCCGACAAUAUGAGAUUACCGAGCAAAAGGAAGCCAUGGCUCAACAGCAUCAUCACGACUGGUGGCGAUUGAAUGCUUCUGCCGAGUCUCUAGCUGCUCGCCUUCGUCGUCAGAAGCAAGAAAUGCGGGGAGAUGUUGGCUCUUUGUCUCAGCGAAGAUCGCAAUACCUCACCACCUCCACUAUUCAGCAACAACAACAACAACCGCACGCUGUCAGCCGCAAUUCUCCACUGGCCAUGGUCGAGGAUACCGAUCGAUACAGCCCAUAUCCUCGCCGUCGCGCCUCACCCUACCGCAGCGCCAACCGCUCAAUCUCUCCUCCCUCCGUCAAGGAUGUCCCUGCCUUGUCGCGUACGGAAACCAGCAAUUCCUUGGCUCCUUCAUCCCGAUCUUCUAGUGUGGCACCUAGUGUCCGCAGCACGCCUGGUAGUAUCAGCACUUGCUCAUCAUCCGUGGACGAGGUAAUGGUCGUCGACGGAAGUGCCAGCCCAGCCAGCUCGGCGCUCAAUUAUAGCUACGUCAACGUGCAGUCCAUGAAGUCUCAUCCCAAGCAACACCCUUCAAUGCCAACCAUGACGCAGCACCCAAGCAAGAAAAUCAAGACAAGCAACAGCCUGGGAGGUUCAGGUGGUGGUCUGAUGGCUCGUUUCCUCGCUUCUGCCGCCGGCGCCUACCGUCGCAAUGCCGUCUAA